AUGGCUAGUAGUAGCAGUUCAGGGGCUGCUCCAUGGAAAUCAACGUUUGACUCCCAUUUGAAGAAGUUGGGCUCAUCUCCGGAAUUCUACCUUGCCACCGUCAGCCACGAAGGCUCACCCAGGGUACGAGCAUGUAUACAUCGAGGCUUCUGGACAGCACUUCCUGAGAAUUCACACAAUAAGUUGCCGAAGAAUCCUCCGGUGUUCGACUCGGAUUGCCCUACUUUCACAACGGACGCUCGGAUGAGUAAAGUUUACGACAUUUUUGCCUCAGGAAAGGGUAAGGGCACACUGGAGCAAAGUCGAGCGGGCACUGGCGGGGGAGGUCCCGUUGAAGCAGUGUAUUGGGUGAAGGAUAUUUCGAUGCAGUGGAGAAUCAAGGGUCAAUGCUGGAUCAUUGCUGCAGACGAUGUCGAACACGAGGGAGACGGCGAUAUGCAGAACUCGGGGACAGUAACGGUGAAAGCAGUGUUGCAACGAUACAUGCGUAAGACUGGCGAGGACGGCGACUGGAGCUGGAAGCGAGAGGUGGAGAAUCACUUUGGGAACCUAUCACCGAUGAUGAAGGGCACCUUCAAGAACCCGCCUCCGGGACAACCGUUGAAGGAUGGAGCUGGACCAGGAGAGGCACUUGGACAGAAAGCCGGUGAGUUGCAAGAGGAAGAUCUAGCAAGAAAGAACUUCAGAGUCGCUGUCCUCACGCCUCAGGAAGUGGAACAGGUGGACUUGAGUGACCCUGCCCACAAUCAGAGAUGGAGAUGGACACUUACAGGCGAUGGUAAGGACGAAGGGAUUGCCGAAUGGGAAAUGGUAGAGACGUGGCCGUAG